CUCAAGAUGACCUCACCACAACCCUCUCCCAGCAGACUCACCAAAUACACGACCAUGGGUCAACGAUACCUCUCUCGAUGGGUCUCCUGGUCAGGAACUGCCGCUACACCCCCUGGGUCACCUUCUAGGGCAUCACCCAACGAGGGUAUCUCGCUUUCCCCCCAACCACCACGGGCUUUCCAACCAAGAUCAAGGGCGUCUUCCAAAGCUUCCAAUAUGUCUGAAAAGCCACCUGUUACGGUUCCACAAACAUCCUAUCCUCUCGUGCCCAAACUGCCGGUACCACCCCUAGGCCACACCCUUUCCUGGUACCUUACCCAUAUGAAACCUGUUCUCAGCCAAGAAGAAUACCAGGAAACGAUGAAGAUCGUCGAAGAGUUCGGCAAGCCAGGAGGAUUUGGGGAGAAAAUUCAAGAAGAACUUAUCAAAAGGCAUGACUCGAUGGAUAACUGGAUUGAUUUAAUCCUAAGAAACCCUUCUGGGUAA